AUGAAAAAGUUUCUUGCGGCUCCAGAAGCAGAAAGUGCUACCAAAGGUGACGACACAAGGCCUACUCAAAUAGCAGAUCCAUCCGAGGAUUCAGACGGAGACUCAGCGACCUCGGAACACAGUGCAAGAAGUUACCUUAAAACUCUACCUACAAAAAAGGAUCUCAGGAACCUAGCGAAGCAAAUAACUACGCUGAAGGAAGAGAUCGCGGAUAUAGAAACAGAAAUCGCAUCGUUACUGGAGAGAACUGCGGAAGUCGAGAGUCGGAACGAAGGGAUAGAAAACUCAAUCGAUUCCCUCAUAGAGGUAAAUACUGCACACACUAAGACAAUCCAAUCCUUACUACGAAAGAUGGAUGAUCUAGAUAACCGAAGGAGGAGAAAUAACCUCAGAACCAGAGGCUUACCUGAAACGUUCGACAGAAUAACUAAGCAACUGUGUCAGCCUUGCACAGGCUACCAGAAGUGCCUCAAUGAGGUGUUACAUUGUAAAGGUGAGUUGUGUUCUCUUUUGGGUCUUGGUAGGGUUCUGGCUGGGCCGAUAAUCAGUCAGCGCUUGAGAGGAACAAAUUCAUGUUUAUUGCAAUAUUUGUAUCUUAUAGAUCAGGAUCUCCGAGUUGCUGAAGGAGAAGACCUAAAGUUUGACUGCAACGUGAAUUUUCUUAACAGCGUUGAUGAAAAAUUUGAAUUUGUUUUAGAAAAGAGAGAAGAAUUGGACGUCUCACCCACGCAGACCGCCAACAAACCGGACAUCCUUUUUCACAAAGCCAACAAGGAUGUUUCAGGCCGUUACAGCUGUACGGCAAAGGCCAAAGAUGCAAUGUUUCCAAUAAGCAGAUUUUACAGUAAAAGUAUUUAUUAUUAAAUAGCACUGAUUCAACCAUGUGUAUCUGUCUGUGGGUAGAUAAAAUGGGAAUAAGUACAGCAUUCAGGGUAUUAAACACUGACCCAACAUUUUGGUCCCAUCUCAGAUUUUCUUAAGAAUUGCAGGCAUAGUGAGGAGUACAGACAUCUUAUCUUAUCACACAAUAUUUUUCUCAAUAAGAAGUGUAUUUUC